AUGAAGGUCCUCAGUCUCGUCGCAGCCGCUGCACUCCCCCUCCUCGCCUCGGCGCACUUCACCCUCGACUACCCCUACACUCGCGGGUUUGACGAGGACCUCGAGCCCCAAUUCUGCGGCGGCUUCAACACCCCCUCCUCCUCACGCACCCCUUACCCCCUCUCCGGCUCGGCACCCCUCCUCAUCGAUUCGCACCACCCGACCGCCGACGUCGCAGUCUUGAUCUCGUUCGACCAGAACCCGUCGAACUUUAGCGCGUUCAACCAGACGAGCGAGGGACAGGGGUAUGGGCUCUUGAAGCCUUUUGGGAGGAUCAACGGGCAGGGAGAGUUCUGCUUCAACGUCGACAUCGCCUCCCUCGGCGUCAACGGCCUCCAGAACGGCUCAGUCGCGACGAUCCAAGUCGAGUUCAACGGCGGCGACGGCGCGCUCUUCCAAUGCUCCGACAUCGUCCUCAUCACGAACUACUCUGCCCCUUCGAAUAUCACCUGCUCAAACGCCACUUCUUCCGCCUCUGCCUCGUCCGGUCCGAGCAAGACCGCGUCGGGCAGUACGGGCGCUCCGAGCCAGACGGGCAGCCCGAGUAGCGGGGCGGGGACGGUUGUGGUUGGAGCGGUUGUCGGAGCGGUCGCAGCGGUCGCGGGCGUCGCGCUUGCUUUCUAG